AUGGCUAAAGACGAUUCUAAUCUGCUGUCGUAUAAUAAUAACAACGUGGGAUCAUCAUCCUCCUCAUCUCAACAACAACAACAACAAAACCAGCAAGGUAAACAAAUUAAACAACAGAGAAGAUCAAGACAUCAUAAAUCUAAAUAUCCUCCUCGUAAUGAUAUUAACUUACAAAUUGAAACUCAAUUAAAACAGCAAUCCGUUGUUAAAAGACCAAAUGGUGGUAAUUCACGUAAGAAUCAAAUUUCAAUUAAUCAUUUAUUGGAUUUCCAAUCUUAUAAAGAUCUGGAAGAAUACCAAUCUAAUAAAUCAAAAAGACGUGGCAGUGGAACUAGAAAUAAUUACAAUAACAAAUUUUAUCAACCUCCAAAAAUUCAAUUAACUGGAAUGAAAUUUAUAAAUGUAAAUUAUAAAUUUGUAAUUGAUAAUAGAAAACAAUAUCGUAUUCAACAAUUAGAUCCAAAUAUUCCAGUAGAUAUUGAAGAUAUCAUUCGUAUAAUUGUUCCCAAGGGAAAUGCUUGUCCUAUUUGUUUAGCUGAUGAUCCAAUUGCUCCCCGGAUGAUUACUUCAUGUGGUCAUAUAAUUUGUUUAAAAUGUGUUUUGUCAUUAUUAGAAAGUGAAGUUCCCAAGGCUAAAAAAACAGAAUCUUCGGCAAUUAUUGAAAAAUAUCGUGAUUGUCCAUUAUGUUCUUGUGUUAUUCGAAAGAAAGAAUUAAAACCAGUAUUAAUAAAUACUCAUAUUGAUGAACGAUUUGAAACCCCCAAAGUUAAUAAUGAUGUUAUAUUAACAUUAAUGAAUAGACAACAAAAUAAAAUAUUGGCAAUCCCUCGUGCAUUAUCUCAAGAAUUUAGUACUGAUGAUUUCCCUGAUAUUAUGAGUCAUGAAUUAAUGCAAUAUUCUCGAAUUUUUAAAGGUGAUUCACAAUAUUUAUUAAAUAUGUAUCAACAAGAAAAACUUGACAUUCAAAAAGCUUAUGAAGAAGAGAAAUUAAUGUAUGGAGAUGAUAAUCCUAUUCUUUUGAAAAAGGCAAUCGAUCAUAUCGAUGAUGAAAUUGAUCAUUGGAUGGCAAAAUUAUCAGCCCCAAUACCUUCCACCCCGUCCCAUUCACAAGAGGAAGACUCUAAGAUCCAUCAUCAUUCAGGUACUUUCUAUUUCUACCAAACCGGUUUUAACGCCAAUUGUAUCUAUGUCCUAGCUCCACUUGACAUGAAACUACUCAAGACAACCUAUGCAUCCUAUGAAAACCUUCCUUCAACAAUCAUAGCCAAGAUUGAAAAUAUCAGAUAUGAAGAAUUAAAUUCCGAAACUUGUUCAAGUAAAUAUAAAUAUUUAAGUCAUUUACCUUUGGGUACUCAAAUUGGAUUUUUGGAAUGUAAUUGGAAUAAAAAUGAAUAUAUUAAUCAAGAAUCUUGGGAGACAUAUAAAGUUGAUUUAAUCAAACGGACUCAAAAAUCUUUAAAGAAAUUUAAGAAAGAAGAAAGGGAUAAGAAGCGGGCGAUGGAUCAAGAAGAAAUUAAGACUCGGAAUUUUUAUAAUCGAGAGAAUGGAUUGGAGGAUCAUAUGGAUGAUUAUACGGGAUAUGUCACCGGAGGAGUUGGGGGACUUUCGAUUAUAGAUAAUCGAGAUUUAUUGCCUAGUUUAGAACGAGGUGAAUCCAGUGCCGGUGAUGGAACGGGUGGUUCGGCAAUUACUGAUUCGGAAAUUGAGUAUCAGACAACAGUAUGGGGUACAAAGAUACCAAAAGGAGAUGCACCCCAAACCCCAGAAGAAGAUAUUGAUGAUGAGGAUGAUUGGGAUGCUGAAGAGAUGAUACGAAAGGCAAAAGAGGAAAUGAACAGACAACAACAACAAGGAAAGAAGAAAAAGAAAAAGAAGUUGAUUCUUCUAUCUUCAUGA